AUCUAUCGAUCUUCUGGUUCCUCUUCUGUUUUUCAUAAACCGAAGCAUCUCUAUUCUAUCGCCAUGGAUGCCAUUGUUAAACAAGAAAUCUUCGAAACAGUAGAAUUCCCUGCGGAGAGACCCUCGGGAAACGUCUCUAAACCUGUCUCCGUUAUUGAACUUAGUAGCAGUGAUUCAUACUCCUCAGACUCUGAUGAUUCCGAUGAUGAUUCCACUGUUGGGCCGUACGGUAAGAGAUUUAGGGUUUCGAAUGGUGAUGGCGAGUGUUUCAAAAAGCAUAAACUGGGAGUCGUUUUGCCUUUGGGAUUUCUUGACCCCCUUCCUCCGGAGGAUGAAGCUUUGCCUUUGCCGCAGCCUAUUCCGCAAUCUCAAUCAGGGGCGUUGGUUCAGGGCUGCAAGCAGUUUUGGAAGGCUGGAGACUAUGAAGGCGUACCUGGCGAUGGUUCAGGAUCGUCUGCAGGUGGCAUGGAUCAUGUCAGGGUGCAUCCUAAGUUUCUACAUUCAAAUGCAACCAGCCACAAAUGGGCUCUUGGAGCCUUUGCAGAGCUUCUGGACAACUCUUUAGACGAGGUUUGCAAUGGAGCUACAUAUGUCAAUGUAGAUGUGCUAAAGAACACCAAGGAUGGGAGCAAAAUGUUGCUGGUUGAAGAUAAUGGUGGUGGGAUGGAUCCAGAUAAAGUGCGGCAGUGUAUGUCUCUUGGGUAUUCUGUAAAAAGCAAAAUAGCAAAUACUAUUGGACAAUAUGGAAAUGGUUUUAAGACUAGUACCAUGAGGCUUGGAGCGGAUGUUAUUGUUUUCUCUCGCUGUCAUGGAAAGGAUGGAAAAAGUAGCCCAACACAAAGCAUUGGCAUGUUGUCCUACACAUUUUUGAGGACCACAGGAAAGGAAGACAUUGUAGUUCCCAUGCUUGACUAUGAGAAAGGAGGACGUGAUUGGACCAAGAUGACAAGAUUAUCUCCAUGUGAUUGGAAUAAAAAUUUAGAGACUAUAGUACAGUGGUCUCCUUAUUCAAGUGAAGCAGAUCUUUUUAAUCAGUUUAAUCUCAUGAAAGAUCAAGGUACACGUGUAAUCAUAUACAAUCUUUGGGAGGAUGACCAAGGGGAGCUGGAACUUGAUUUUGACACUAAUCAGCAUGACAUUCAGAUGAGAGGCGUCAAUCGUGAUGAGAAGAAGAUAGAAAUGGCAAAACAUUUCCCAAACUCCAAGCAUUUCCUGACAUAUCGACAUUCAUUGAGGAGUUAUGCAUCAAUACUCUAUCUCAGACUUCCGCCUGGCUUCAGAAUCAUUCUGCGUGGGAAAGAUGUUGAGCAUCACAACAUAGUGAAUGAUAUGAUGCUAAGACAAGAGGUUACAUAUAGGCCACAACUUGUUGAUGGGCCUCCAAAGGAUUCAAAUAUGAUUGCAGUUGUGAAAAUUGGGUUUGUGAAAGAUGCAAAAGAUCACAUUGAUGUUCAAGGUUUCAAUGUUUAUCACAAGAAUCGACUUAUUAAGCCAUUCUGGAGGGUCUGGAAUGCUGCUGGAAGUGAUGGUCGAGGUGUCAUAGGUGUUCUGGAAGCCAAUUUUGUCGAACCAGCUCAUGAUAAACAGGGGUUUGAGCGUACGACUGUGCUUUCAAGACUUGAGACACGACUAAAAGAGAUACAGAAGGACUACUGGUCUAACAAGUGCCAUGAAGUAGGCUAUGCCCCUCGGCGUAACAAGAGACUUUUGAAUGAAUCCGCAGCAAGAGAGACUUCGCCUGAUUAUCUUCCUCAAUCAUCGUCUCGACACACUCAAAGCAAAGGGACUCCGCAUGCAGAUUCCAAUAAAUCGCACUCAAAUCAUAAGCUUGUUGGAAGCAAAGAGCCUGAAAGAUCUUUUAAAGCUGUGGGCCCUAGACUUGUGAAUGGGGAUACGCACAGGAAGGCAGAAAAAGUAACAAAAAUCUCUACAAAAUAUGGAAAGCAAUCAAGUUCUCCUGAAGCAUCUCCUGCUGAGGGUAGUUCUAGCCAUGUGAUGGAGAUUACUCCUCUUGAGAGAGUCAUACAUGGAAGCAGUAAUAAAGCAUCCUCAGCUCAGAAAUCAUUCUUAAAAGAUGGCCAUGAGAGGCUGACUACUCCUCUUGGGGGAGUCAUACAUGGCAGCAGUAAUAAAGCGGCCUCGGCUCAGAAAUCACCCUUGAAAGAUGGUUCUCAUACAACACAGUCCCUUUCUUCAUACUCAGAGAAUCAUGAUAACGAGGGAGACCAUACACCUAGCAGAGAGAGGGAUCGAAUUUCUACUCGUUCACAGUCCAAGGUACCUGACGCAGCUUUUAAUGGAAAUGGACAUGCUUCUGCUUUCAGUGCAUGUAGUCUAAAUCAGUUGAGAGAAGAGAACCGCACAUUAAAUGGCAGACUAAAAGAAAUGGAACAGGAUUUACAGUUUGAAAGAGAUAGAUGUAAAUCACUAGAAGCUCAAGUUAAGGAGGUAGAGCAGAAGUUUGAGGAGGCAAACAGGGAACAAGAUGCUCUGGUUGAAAUUUUUUCAGAAGAGAGGAGUCGACGAGAAGACGAGGAAAAGAAAUUGCGGGAUAAAUUGAAGGCUGCUGCUACCACCAUACAGGAGUUGCUAGACAGGGUUGUGUCACUGGAGAAGACGAGGUGUCCUAGCUGCAGCAAACCUUAAUGCUAAGAGUGUAGCCAUGAUCUAGUUAUUGAAAAUGCCUGGUCUUCUGCACAACUCGUAUGCUACUUUCACCAACCUUGCUCAAGCUGCCGAAAUUCAUUUUUCUCAACUACAUUAUUCUCUCUCUAAGAUCUCUAGGAUCACUGUCUGCCCAAUUUUGUCAUUAUUCUGAGGCGGAUUCUUGGAAAGUAAAGAGACCGCGGGCC